AUGAAGCUACAUGCCGAGUUCAAACAAGAUAGUAUAGAAGAUUUUUUAUAUAUACUUAAAGGUCUUAAGGAAUUUACUUCUUUUGCCAUUGAAAAUUCGUUUUUAUGUUUUAAAUUUUCAGAGAAAUAUUUGUACAUUUUUGGAAAUGAAAAGAAACAUGUAGAGAUAUUUAUAAAAAUUACUAUGAAUGAUUUAUUUUAUGAAAACUUCAUUUUAAAAAGUAAUUCAAAUAAUGAGAUCAUUAUAUUAGUAUAUAUAUUUCAAAUAUAUGAUAUCUUUAAAAAUAUAACUAAUAAGAAUACAAAAAUUACUAUUGAUUUAUUUGAAAAAAAUGGUAUAUGUAUUUUAUUAUUCAAAAAUUAUUGUAAUGUUACAGAUGCCUUUAAAAAAUAUGAAUGUGGUAUAGAAAUUAUAAACCCAACCUUAACAAACUUUCCAAUUAUUAAAAUGAAUAAACAUUUUUUAUGUGUCAACUGUAAAUUGAAAAAAUGCUGUAAAAUAUUAAAUACUUAUUCAAAAUUUUUUUCAGAUAAAAUUGAAAUCACUUUUCAUGUUUCAAACAAAAAUUGUGAUAUUAUCUUCCUAAUGAAUUCUUUAACAUCUCAAAAUAUUACAACACUUAAAAAUAAUUUUGUUCUUAAAAAUAUUGUUGAUAAAAAAAAACAAACCAAUGCUCAUAAUGUACAACAAAACAAAAAUUUACAAUAUACAACAAAAGCAAAAAAUAUACAAUAUAAUACACAAAUUAUUAAAAAAGUUAUCUUUACAAAAACUUUUAUGAAGGCUUUAAACAUAUUAAAUGAAUGUAGAAAUAAUAAAGAAGAUGUCGGUAUAUUUAAAAUAAUGGUACCUUAUAAUAAAUAUUGGUUUGGAUUAAAAUUAGGUCAAUUCGAAUCAUCAGGAAAUUGGAAAAUCGUCAUCAUAAUAACAGAUCUAAACACCGACGAAUGA